GAUAUUCAGAGUCCCGGGCGGCGCGGCGCAGGCCGCCGGAUAAAGCGGAGGAGGAGACGGCGGUCCGUGUGGUUUGAGCUCAGGAUCUCAGGAGGGGAACAUGUGAGCAGGGAAUGGGCGACUGGAAACAGGAUUAUUGUUCUACACAGCAGAGAGACGCAGGAGGGACCGGGGACAGGAGAGACGCGGGGACACUGUGACAAAUCCGAGGAGAUUUUUUUUUUCCUUUUGAAUUUUUGCGCAUCAGAGAAACCGGUGGACUUUCUCGCCAACCAUGAACACCAUAGUGUUUAACAAGUUGAGCAGCCAGGUCCUGUUUGAGGACAAAGCGAAGGAGGUGGAAAUGAGCAGCAGAAAUUACCUAGAGGUCAUCGACGGGCAACAUCCAGACCUCCUCUCCAGCAACCAGAGCAUCAGAGACAACCAGGCGAUCAGACACAGGCGGAGCGGGGGUCGUCCCAGCGGCGGUAAAGUACGACACAAGCGUCAGGCCCUGCAGGACAUGGCGCGGCCGCUCAAGCAGUGGCUCUACAAGCACCGAGACAACCCCUACCCCACCAAGACGGAGAAAAUCCUCCUGGCGCUCGGAUCGCAAAUGACCCUGGUGCAGGUAUCCAACUGGUUCGCCAAUGCCAGGAGGCGACUGAAGAACACAGUGAGGCAGCCAGACCUGAGCUGGGCGCUCAGGAUCAAACUCUACAACAAAUAUGUUCAGGGCAACGCCGAGAGGCUGAGCGUCAGCAGUGACGACAGCUGCUCAGAAGAUGGGGACAACCCUCAGAGGACACAGAACGGCCCUCAGGAGCUCAACAAGCCCAUGUACCAGAGUGUCAUCAAGAAGGAGGGCUCCUCCAUGGUGGGCAUGGCCAUGGGUAUGGGUAUGGGCGCUGGUCUGCGUUCGGCCGCCGAAGCCGCCUCGCUGGCCGAGGACUACGUGUCUCCGCCCAAAUACAAGAGCAGCCUGCUGCACCGCUACCUGAACGACUCGCUGCGCCACGUCAUGGUGGCCAACGCUGUCAUGGACGCUCGCAAGAGGAACCACUCCGGCUCCUUCAGCUCCAACGAGUACGACGACGAUCUGCUCUCACCGUCCUCCUCUGAGGCUGAGGCGAACUUUGUUUAUCGGGCUGAAACCACAGACCAUGGAUCAAGUAAAUGUGACAAUGGCAGCAGUGGCGUCGGAGCUGCGCAGAAGGAGAAGGUGAAGGGCAAAGAUGAGACAUACUGGAGGGAGAUCAACGCCGCCAUGGCCUUGACCAACUUGGCGCAGGGGAAGGACAGCGUCUCUGGAACUACCAGCUGCAUCAUCCAGAAGUCCUCCCAUAUAGCAGAGAUAAAGACUGUUAAAGUGCCGCUGGUGCAGAAAUAUUAGCCCUGACGUCAACCUCCCGUCCCUCUAUGCAAACCAGCAAACAUUCCUGUUUCAGCAAACUCGCCAGAGUCCAAAUAAACUCCCCCUGAAAUGAAAAGAACUGUUGUUUAGGGACAGGGGUGAUUGAAGCGAGUAAGUGUGAAACAAAAAGAGAACUUUCAUUCUUUUUGGUUUGUUAUUGGCAAAUGUUUAUGAGGCCUUGACCAUCCUUUUCUUUUUUGGGCUGAUGUGCGAGUGUUAGUGAUAGUUUCACUGCAGUAUUUCCUAAAACAAGACACUUUUGUAAUGUUAACUUAUUUUUUAUGAAUCUUUUUUUUUUUUAAAUUUCUUCUUUUUUUAUGCUACAAAUUUUGUAUUUUGCCAAAGUGCCUUUGUUCUUCAGACGAAUAACUCACUGACUGUGGUCAAUGCAAAGUGCAGAUACUGAGGUGCCUCUGGAAGUUUGUAAAGGAAUAUGUAAUAGAGUGUAGACUCACAGUCAUGAUUCAGGAUUUGUUUUGUGAAUGAAAACUCCCCACAACAGGAUGUGCCUUAAGGACUGAAUGAGCUCACCAUCCGAGGCACUGAUGAGCUCAAAUAGCACACACCCACACAGAUACUCUUAGAAAAUGCCCAGCACGAUUCUCUGAAGGCAUUGUUCUUGUUUUGACUGUAGUCUUCAUUUUGACUGUAAACUGAACACUGCUUUGUCUCAGUCGGACUCUCGUUGCUGGCAGGCCGACAGUAACUGCUGCAUGUGUAGAUAAACAGCAGAUCGAUAAGCAGCCAGCUUUCACAUCUCGGCCUUGGAUUUUAUGAACCAGCGAAGGAUUCCUUUCUUAUCGCGGCUUUUAUUUGCUGAAACGUGCACAAGCACUCAGCUGGACCCAAAUGAAGACACGUUCGCCUACGCAGUGAGACAGAUGUACACAGAUCCACAUGCGUGCUUUAAGGUUCAGCUGAUGAAUGCCUUGACCUAAAAGGGAUGUUUUUGCUUUGCAUUAUCAGUGUUUUAUGUGGACUGUGUUGCCUUUUCACGUUUUUGCUCAGAACAAGAUAGUCCAGAGUGAAUGAAAGAACAUAACACACACAUACACGUGAAAACUCCCCCCACCACCACCAGCUCCUCCAGCCUUUUGAUCCUCUGCCCUCAGCUGUUUAGCAUUACAUUCAAAUUGCUGUUUACAAGGAGCCAGAGGAAAGGCUUAAAAGUUUAACUUUCUCCCCCACGCUUUUUUUCCCCCUCAACUUCAAAAAUACAUUUCAGUAUUAUCUCUUUGUCAGCCAAGCAAGUGUUCAAAGUAUUUGUUAUUGUCAGUCUGUAUAUGUCUGGAUGUUUUUUCUUUCUGAUCAAAAACUUGGUUUCUCUUAACUGUACUGCAUUAAGAGCUCCUUGUGUCAUCCAGUGGAAAGAAGCUCUGUGAGAGAAAGUACUUAUGCACGGUGCAUAUGUUAUAAACGUUUGUGGCGACGAAUGCCAAGUUCUCAAACGUGGGAAAUCAAGUUGGACUUAUGAGAGAAACUGAAGUUGGCUCUCUGUGCUGACUUUUUAAUUUUAUGUAUAUCUUCAAGGUACUGUUUAUGUGUGUCAAAAUGUACACUCCUUCAUAAAUUGUGCAGUUUCUAUUUUUUUUUUGACAACCCAGACUGUGCUUAUGGUCAAGGACUUUGAGAGGGAGUGAAGUUGCACAAAGUGACUUUUUGACCUUUUUUAUGUGUCUUGAAUGUGCAAACUGUUAAAGAGAAAUCUGCACUUAUGGUUUUUGGUUUUUCAAUGAAGGUGUUUUCACAUAAAGGUGAGGAGAGGUAAAAUGAAAUGAAGGGCAACCCUAUAUUAUUCCUGUUAGUGUGCCUAUGGACGUAUAAUGAAAUGAAUCGCACUAGCCAAUCCCCAGGCACUAUUUGCUUAUGCAGUGGGGGCUGUGGGCUCCCACAUGUGUUUUUUAUACACCUGAUCCAGGCAGGGUAGCUGCGGGGUAGUGCUGGGCCGCUCCUUGUGUUUCUAAUUGCACCUCUGAACCUCUGGACCGCUCGCGACCCUCACACCUCACACGAUACCCACUCGCUGGGAGGAGACAGAGCGAGGGAAGGAGGCUGAAGAGACAACAGAGAUGCCUUUGUUGUUCUGACCUGCCAUCACUCCCUCAACGACACUACGAAGAUGAACAAAUGGGUUUCUACAGCCAAGACUUGGGUACUGUACAUGCCUUUCUCCAGCACAAACCCUGCUUUCACAACCACGCUGACAGAUGGAACGCAAUGGCAUGUAUUAAAGCUUAUAAAUUAUUAUUACGGACUGUCAGAACAAAGAAAGUGGUGACCAUAGUUUGUUUUUUUUAUUGUUAAGUUAUAUAAAUUGAGAUUUUUUUUUUUGGUUCAUUUUGAUAGAGACUGGAUUUUCAAUCCAAUGACCAAACGCAUAUCUCCUUGUAUUGUCCGAUUUGCUCUCAUGUAAAAUUUCUUUUAUAAAAACAGUUGUUACUUGGUCAAAGCAAUGAAUAAACCUCUGAAUGAAAUGAA